GUGCUGUGGGCAGAGCGCGGAGGCUGGACCUGGGCGGUGAGGACCUGCAGGCCCGCUGAGCCCCAUCCCAUCCCUCAUCUCAUCCAGCUGCUCUGGGGAAGGGAAAGUUAAGUGGUGUGGAACUGCGGAGUGCCGGGGUCUGGCUGGGGCGUGGUGUCCUAGCAUCUUGCCUGCCGGAGUCCAAGAGGUCCCAUUGAAGCUGGGCCGCUGGGCUGGCCGGUCGUGGUGUUUGUUUAGAUUUUUGCUCCUUAGUGUCCUCUUGAGUGUGCAGAGUUGUCCUUGCGUUAGUGGGAGGAAUCUCUUGAGCUUCCACUGCUCUCUGCUCCGUUGACCCCUUGCCACUGCGACAUGCUGCUGGCACAGAUACGUAGGCACCGGGAGGUACCUAGCUAGCUUCCAGUGAACCCUUCUAAUGUAGGCACAGCUGCCCUAAACCUAGUUAGUGCUAUAGUAAUUUAAUCUUGCCGUUUAGCAGAUGGUGUUUCUGCAUAUUUUUUCAGGGAUUCAUGAAAGUUUGAGACUUGGUGCCUCCCAUCUCCUAAAUUGUCUGCCUUCCACCUUCUUUUGCCAGCUUUUGUUAUUAUUUUUCCUCUGAAAUUUUUGUUAAGCUUGUUUUUUCCUUCCCACAGUCACCAGCUUUGUUUAGGGUCCCUGUGGUCUGAAAUCAGAAUUGUUGCAGCAGGCUCCUGGCUGUCCUAAACAGAUCAUCUUCUUGGUAUACUGUUUUUCUAUUGUGAUUGUAUCAUGGAAAAUCAACUGGCUAAAUCAGUUGAAGAACGAACAUUUCAAUACCAGGAUUCUCUCCCAUCACUGCCUGUUCCUUCACUUGAAGAAUCAUUAAAAAAAUACCUUGAAUCAGUAAAACCAUUUGCAAAUGAUGAAGAAUAUAAGAAAACUGAAGAAAUAGUUAAAAAAUUUCAAAAUGGAGUUGGAGAAAAAUUACAUCAGAAAUUACUUGAAAGGGCAAAAGGAAAAAGAAAUUGGCUGGAAGAGUGGUGGCUGAAUGUUGCCUACCUGGAUGUUCGUAUACCAUCACAACUGAAUGUCAACUUUGUGGGGCCUUCCCCCCAUUUUGAACAUUACUGGCCUCCAAAGGAAGGCACUCACUUAGAAAGAGGAAGUAUAAUACUUUGGCAUAACUUGAACUACUGGCAGCUAUUAAGAACAGAAAAAGUGCCUGUUGAUAAAGUUGGAAAUAUUCCACUAGAUAUGAAUCAAUUCCGAAUGUUGUUUUCUACCUGCAAGAUUCCAGGAAUUACUAGAGAUUCAAUUAUCAAUUAUUUUAAGACUGAGAGUGAAGGGCAUUGCCCAAAUCACAUUGCCGUGUUAUGUCGAGGCAGAGUGUUUGUCUUUGAUGUAAUGCAUGAAGGAUGUUUGAUCACUCCACCAGAGCUUCUCAGACAACUGACAUAUAUCUACAAGAAGUGCCAUAGUGAGCCUGAUGGACCUGGGGUACCAGCAUUGACCUGUGAGGAGCGAACCCAAUGGGCCAAGGCACGAGAACAUCUGAUUAGUCUUAAUCCGCAAAACUUGACUUUCUUAGAAAAAAUUCAGAGCAGUUUAUUGGUAUAUUCCUUCGAGGAUGGCAGUCCACAUGUAACUCCACAAAAUUAUUCUCAGGUACUUGAAGCACUUCUUGUUGGAGAUCCAGUAGUGCGCUGGGGUGACAAAUCCUAUAAUUUGAUUUCCUUUUCUAAUGGAAUAUUUGGCUCUAAUUGUGAUCAUGCACCUUUUGAUGCGAUGACUAUGGUUAGCAUUGGCUAUUAUGUUGAUGAAAAAAUUUUAGAGACUGAAGGAAGAUGGAAGGGUUCAGAGAAAGGACAGGAUAUACCACUUCCAGAGGAGCUUGUUUUCACUGUGGAUAAGAAAAUAUUAAAUGACAUCAACCAAGCAAAAGCCCAGUACCUCAAACAGGCAUCUGAUCUACAAGUUGUAGCAUAUGCCUUCACAUCUUUUGGCAAAAAGCUAACCAAGAAGAAGAUGCUUCACCCUGACACAUUUAUUCAGCUUGCACUUCAGCUGGCCUACUACAGAUUACAUGGAAGCCCUGGUUGCUGCUAUGAAACAGCCAUGACAAGAUAUUUUUAUCAUGGUCGUACAGAGACUGUGCGCUCAUGUACAGUAGAAGCAAUCAAGUGGUGCCAGUCCAUGCAGGAUCCUUCUGCCAGCUUUCUUGAGAAGCAGCAAAACAUGUUACAAGCUUUUGCAAAGCAUAAUAAAAUGAUGAAAGAUUGUUCAGCUGGAAAAGGAUUUGACCGGCACCUUUUAGGUCUGUUACUCAUAGCAAAAGAGGAAGGCCUCCCUGUUCCAGAACUCUUCACUGACCCACUUUUCUCCAGAAGUGGAGGAGGUGGAAAUUUUGUUCUCUCAACAAGUCUGGUUGGUUAUUUGCGAGUUCAAGGAGUGGUGGUUCCCAUGGUACACAAUGGAUAUGGAUUUUUCUACCAUAUCAGAGAUGACAGGUUCGUUGUGGCUUGUACAGCCUGGAAAUCAUGUCUGGAUACUGAUGCAGAAAAGCUAGUUCAGCUGAUUUUUUGUUCUUUCCAUGAUAUGAUGCAGCUGAUGAACACUGCUCAUCUUUAGAGAUUAGGCACUUACCAAAUGUAUCAAUAAGCCGGGUAUUGAGAUUGAAUUGGUGAUAUAAGGUAUGAGGGAAUGUUGACUUAAAGAAAUUUGUUAAGUGUAGAAAUGAGUAGAAUCAUGUUCUCUAAAUUUUUUUCUGCCAUGGAAGGUAGAAAUAUUUUAAAGCUUCCUCUGAUGCAAUAACAAAGCAAAUUAUGAUAUAGUGACUAGAACUAUGCAGUGUUUAAGAUAAGCCUCAACAAUGCAAAUCUACAAAUUUUAACAAUGCAAAUCUUACUCUAAUUUUAAAAUAUUUUGUUGGUACUUGUGUAGGUUACAAAAUCCUUUCUGAACACAUAGAAUCUAUCUUUCAAGCACUUUAACGUUUUCUAAUUGCCAAAGGAUAUGAAAUACAUGAUUGGAUGCUGAUUUCCCUAACAUCAGUGCCUUCCAUACUCACUACAGGGAUACAAGCCUAUUGUGUUUGAUGAGAAAAACCACUGUAAUUCAGUUCUGAUCUAAAAUAGUUUCUUUGAACAAACAGAAGAAUUAGGUCAAAGUAGGGAGAUUUAUAUCCUCUAUAAC